UAGCGCGAGUGGCCGGGCUGGCGGCAGAGAAGUUUUUCAAGCGAGGAUCACUUCACCAAAAUGUCCAGGGAUAGGCAAAGGUCCGAUGAUGAGAGCCCUAGUACCCACAGUGGCAGUUCAGAUGCGGACCAGCGAGACCCAGCCACUCCAGAGCCUGAAGAACAGGAAGAAAGAAAACCUUCUGCCACCCAGCAGAAGAAAAACACCAAACUCUCUAGCAAAACCACUGCUAAGUUAUCCAUUAGUGCUAAAAGAAUUCAGAAGGAGCUAGCCGAAAUAACCCUUGAUCCUCCUCCUAACUGCAGUGCUGGGCCUAAAGGAGAUAACAUUUAUGAAUGGUGAUCAACUAUACUUGGUCCACCAGGCUCUGUGUAUGAAGGUGGUGUGUUUUUUCUAAAUAUCGCGUUUUCAUCACAUUAUCCAUUUAAGCCACCAAAGGUUACUUUCCGCACCAGAAUCUACCACUGUAACAUCAACAGUCAGGGAGUCAUCUGCCUGGACAUCCUUAAAGACAAUUGGAAUCCUGCUUUGACUAUUUCAAACGUUUUGCUAU